UCUUCCCUCCCCUUCUGGCUCUUCUUCCUCUCUUCCCUCGAGCUGCCCUUUGACUCCCAUGUGCCGAGAAGGACUUUGGUGAGCUUGGCCCGCCGGCUGCGCUCAAGAGUUUGGGGUUAGAGAGCUGAAACAAUGGGUGACUGGAACUUUCUGGGGAGACUAUUAGAGAAUGCGCAAGAGCACUCCACAGUUAUUGGCAAAGUUUGGCUGACGGUACUGUUUAUCUUCAGGAUUUUGGUGCUGGGGGCGGCUGCUGAGGAGGUCUGGGGAGAUGAACAAUCAGAUUUUACAUGCAACACCCAGCAACCUGGUUGUGAGAACGUCUGCUAUGACGAAGCCUUCCCCAUCUCCCACAUCCGCUUCUGGGUGCUGCAGAUCAUCUUUGUCUCCACCCCGACCCUCAUCUACCUGGGUCACGUGCUCCACAUUGUGCGCAUGGAGGAAAAGAAAAAAGAGAAGGAAGAAGAGAUUAGGAAAACCGGAAACGGCAGGGAAGCAAGCCGCCUCCUGCAAGGAUCCAAAGCGGAAGUUGGCAGCGGCGGCGAGAACAGCAGCGGCAGCAACGACAAGCAGCCGCCAAAGCAGAAAGAGGAGAAGUUACCUGUCCGCGAUGAGCAUGGCAGGAUUCGCAUGGCAGGUGCCCUGUUGCGCACCUACGUUUUCAACAUUAUCUUCAAAACUCUCUUUGAAAUAGCCUUUAUCUUGGGCCAGUACUUCCUUUACGGUUUUGAGUUGAAGCCCCUCUACCGUUGCGGCCGCUGGCCCUGCCCGAACAUUGUAGAUUGUUUCAUUUCGCGGCCCACGGAGAAGACCAUCUUCAUCAUCUUCAUGCUGGCGGUGGCCUGCCUCUCUCUGCUCCUCAACAUGUUUGAGAUGUACCACUUGGGGUGGAAAAAAUUCAAGCAGGGCAUGACCAGUAGACGCAGCCAUGCAGCACCCACCUUCACCCCCGUCACGCCAGCCUCAGAAGUGGAGGACUCCAAACCUGCCUCCCACGCAGCCUUGCCGGUACCUGCAGCACCACCAACCGCGACCUCCAUCACCAUGCCUGAAACUCGUACCAUCACCCCGCUGGUUUAUCAGCAAGCUGGGUUGCCACACUACGCGGACGUUACCUCCAGGCCCCAGCCGGCCUCUGUUGCAACCUCUCUGACUGGCUACCCAGGGGGUCCUUUGGCCGGCGAGGACAGGCACAAAGCCCUCAGGCACACGGCAGUCUCCACCCCAGUCGCAACCACGUCAUCUAUCCCUUCACCUUCGCCCGUCAACAACUCCUACUUCAGUAGCCAAGCGCUGGCUGAUGAGCACAACUGGGCCAAUUUGGCCGUCGAGCAGCAGAGGAAACUCGCAGGCUCCAGCUCAGCUGCCUCCUCCACCCCCAGCAGCCUCCGACAACCUCACCCGGAGCAAGGGGAGCCCAGAGAGCACCCACCGCCUCCACCUUCUCUGUCGCCUGUGGCUGCCGCCAACAGCAGCAGCCUGAGUACCAGCCUGAGUGGUGGAAGUGGCAGCAAGUGGGAUGGAGAGGGUGAAGAGGAAGGGUCCUCAAUGUCGGCUGCCUGCACCUUGGUGGAGAUGCACGACCCACCGCUGCUCAUAGACACGCGUCGCUUGAGCAGGGCUAGUAAAUCCAGCAGCAGCAGAGCCAGGUCUGAUGACUUGACCGUGUAACUGGAUCCCCUACGCCGGGAGGAAUAAGAAGACGAAGGUAGCAAAAUGUAAAGGGGAACUAUUCUGGGGGUAGGGAGGCUUAACCCCAGGACAAGGGGAUAGGGGAGGCCAAGAUCCCAAACUUUGAAGCUUGCAGUUCUUGCACUCUGUGGGUUGUAGUGGUGGUGAGGGCGGGGGCGGGACAAACAUCAACGUUUUGUAAUAGGUUGGGGGUGGCGAAAGCGCAGCCCACCGGCCAAGGGACCAAUAGCAGCCAGAUCACGUGAGAGGAAAAGAGGCCUUCGUAGAUUAUAGGUGCUAGCAGCAAAUGAGAACAUCAUGUUGUAAUCACAUAUCCCAACAAGCAAUGCUUAGUCCAUGUCGUCAUCUGUCAUCUCAUUCUGCCCCUCAUCACAGUUCCAGUUCCUUUCAGAGGCUCACAUUUAGUUCUAGUAAGCAGAGGGUUUCUUCUUCCCGUUCACCUCACUUCCAUAAACCUGAAGCUCACCAAAGCCAGUCCAAGCCAUUUUGCUGCCUGAGGCAGAGGACAAGAUGGUGCCCAUCUCCCACUCUACAUACAGAAGUUGACUAGACUAGCAGUUGAAUCUUACUAAAAUGGUGCCAGUGGGAUAGCAUCCUCCCCAACAUCUUAGGGCAGCAAACUAGUUUAAGGGAUGCAUGAAAGACUGUGUGGCACACACAUCUCUGACCUCCAAUAGAAGGCCCUGCUGCUCCUCAGCAUCAGCCACCCGAGGCUGUUGCCUUACUCUGCCUAAUGAUAGGGUCAGCCC